AUGACUCUCACAUCUGAUGGUAAGCAAUCGUUCCCAAUGAAGGAUUUGAUGAUUAAAGAUUUGGGUGGAGAUUUGGAUUUGGAGACUUCUGUCCGCAGUCGGACUGGUCAUCGUCUCCCGAGUGCAACUAUAAUUCUGGUGGUAAUACCAGAGGAUGUGCCAGCGGGUUUGGCAGCUAUUUACGGAUUUGCACCACCUCUUCAUAAAGGUAUGGUAUGUCUGCAAGAGUCUGACGCUCCCUCGCGCCUCACUCAGAGCGGGACAUCUCCGGCCACCGUAAGCGCGGGUCUGCGGACGGCCAGAACCAGACCCGAGCGCACGGCGCGUAGCGUUCCGCGCGCGCCUCAAACAGCCAAUAGACCAUUACAAUCGGGGCCUUAUAUAGGGCUGAUGUUAAGCCGGGGUUGCGGGGUAUACGCAAUGAGGCACCGCCACCUCGGCCUAAAGCAGGAGAAGGAACGGGGGGGCAACGACCAUCGUCUUGGUUUUGGGUUCCGCCUUGGCAACCAUGCGGACUUUCAAAUCCUUUACGAAUUCGGCCCCCAACUUGUUACUAAGCCGUUGCAAACUUCAAGAGUCCGUUCCACAUCAUACCGGCAACGCUUUGCACGACGUCGUCCUGUGUUUGAGUUACUGGUGAGAGCUGGCAUCAUCAAGAGAAAUUAUGAUUAUAAUGUCAUAAAAGAAUGUGAUGAUGAACCUAGAUAG